AAAUCAUGUGACGCGUCAACUUGGGUGCUACAUAUCUUGUAUAGAGAGCAGACGGACACAAAUCAAGUUAUUGGUGCAACCUUAAGGAAACAGUGAAGAUCGGGUUCAUAUGGUGUUCUCCGGGUGCAUGAUUGAUGCCGUUAACGUGUUAUAAUUAGUAUUGAAUAUUGAAUCAGUUAGAUGAAUAAACGGCAUUGAAUCAGCUGGUGAAGUGUGAGACUGUGCCACUAGUUAAAACAGUUUAAUUAAAUCGAUCAACGCAUUCGAAUUGACCUGGCGAUAGAGCAUUUUCGAAGCAGGUAUUUGAUAACGAUAUGUUGCAGUAUAUGUUAUUUAUUGCCUUGCUAUUGCAAUGGUCACCGGUGAAUAGAUGUGAAAAUGCAAGGAGCCGACUCGAUAUAAAACACAGAUAUUCUCCAAGCCACAUAAAACUACAUUCCCCGCAUCAACAUUUGGUGAGUCCGAUAAACUUGCUUAAUCCGGACAAAUACGAAUAUUUCACCAUCAACAACCAAGGAAACAUUAUUAAGCGAUUGAUGACAUCGAAGGAAAUCCAAAGCAUUGUCGCCGGCAAUAAUAUUAAACAAAAUGUGUUUGACAGGCUUGAAUCUCCACAUGGAAUCAUAACGAACAUCGUGAGUAGCAUUAAGAAUGUGCUGAAUACAGAGUUGCUUUCAAAGCACCAGGAAAAUCAGAACUCCGAACACAACGUGAAUAACAACAUGGCGGAUGUGACGACAUAUGAAUCCGCAGAUAAAGAACCUGAAUAUGUUCCAGCAGUUUUGAGCUUUGAGAUAUCUAGUCCGGAUGAGGAUGAAGACAAUACUACAGAUUCUAAGGAUUCUGCAGUGAAUUGUCCAGAUUGUAAUGUUAAACAGAGUGUUACGCCGGAAACUACGACACAGCUGAAGUCAACAGAGUUGACAACGAAACAGACGACGCAUCACCAAGAUGAACGUGUAACAGAAAAAAUAUCCACAUCUUUUGAGAAAACAACAGAAAGCAGACCUCAGUUAUUAGAUGUCACAAGUACUGAGAAAGUUACCUUGUCGUCCAUGUUAUCUAAGAAACCUACGAAGCCUUUCGUAGAAGUUACUGAAAUCACACCAUCUCCGUUGGAUGAUAGUUCAACAGUUGCAAUAAUCAUGUUAAUCAAAAAUAUUACAAAAACUACUGAGGAAAUCCCAGAGAGUACGCCUCAAUUAUUGAGUGAAAUUGUAACGGAAAAUGUUGAAAAUAUUCCGAUAUUGUUAGAAGAAAAUACGAAAGAAGUAAAUCAUAUUACAGCCUCUACUGAAAGUGUACCGGAAAAUACACCAAUAUUGUUAACACAAGGAAUAGAAUUUUCUACUGAAAAGGUAACGGAUAACACUCCGAUGCUUUUAGAAGAGUAUACAAAACAAGUAAAUCAUCUAACGCUUGUUACAGAGAAAGAGACGGACAUAACACCACAGUUGUUAGAAGAAAAUGUUACGGAAGCAGUGAUCAGAUUAACUGAACCAACUGAAAAGGUAACAGAAACCACAACUCAUCAACCGGAAGAAACUACAACAGAGUUUGGUACCACGUAUCAAGCAAAUGAAAACCUACUAUUGUCAUUCUUGUUAAAUAAUAACCUGAACGAUCAGAAAGAAAAUCCAAUGGAGACUACAGAAUCUGCACAGACCAGCACAGUGCAACACACAGCCAAUGAGCUGCUCAUGUCGUUUAUGUUAACAAACAACCUGACGGAGUCAUCAGAACUACCCCUGACAGAUGAACAAUUUCCAGAGAAGAUCAUCACCUUUACGUUGCCAAGUACACUCUCGGGCAUAGAUACAUUUGGAAAAACCACAACGCAAAGUGAAGAAUCAGUUACUCAGACUGUUCCAGCUAGUAUUUUUACCACAGUGGAUGACGUCCCGGAAACCCAGUUUACUACAAAGAAUGACUAUCAAACUAAACAAGGCACUUACACAAAUAGUUUCGAUAGAACCACUGUACAGGAAAGAACUACUGAACUAAAUACUCAUGAAUAUACUUUGGAAACUGACUUCACCAAGACUACAGUAGAUGUUCAAUCUCACAUUGAUGCGUUCAGUACUUUAGCUGAAACUACAAAUAAACUGGAAACAACUACCCCCUCAGUAUCCCAAACAACAGAUGGAAGGAUUCAACAUACCACUUUAACAGCGGAUACUCAGAACGCUUUCUACAUGAUCCUGGAACUUCUUAAGGAUGACGAAUCAAGUGCACAGCAAUAUCCACAGGAAACCGAUUCAAAUGAGGCACCAGCAGAAGAAUACGAAGAUGAAGAGAAUGAACAGUAUUCAACUGAAUUAUUCGACACAACAACGGCGCAAGCGGUUACUGAUCCUAUGAUCACUACCAACGAACUAACAACAGAAGCACCGUACUCAAUUCUGUCCGAACUCUUCGACACCACUGCUAUGACGGAAAAGUACCCCACCACAAAUCUGGUGAACAUCAUGAAUAAAGUCAAGCCGACAAACAAAGUCACUAUUUCGUGGGAGCCCUCAACAUUGGAAACAAACCCACCAAAAACUACAUACACUACACGUUUAACUUCUACGGUUAAACCAUUCACUACUUCCACCAGUGCCCCUAGUACCACAAAGUUGAAAUUAUCGCCAGCAAAACUGAAGCCACCACAAUCCCACAUUGUACCCCAGCCAUCCUCGAACGAGUACGUCUCACUUGCGGAAAUGAUUCUACGCCAGUCCAAUCCGGCCCCUCACGCCAACAGCGCAGAACACGUGGACGUGGAGAAUCUUCUAGGUCUACUGUCGGUUAGCAACAAGAAUAUGACCAACUAUGUGGGCGAAACAGCAACAGUUGCAUCUGUGUUGAAACCGUUGAGAAAACCUCAACCGAUUCAAAAUUCUGGCGCUGCGGAAAAUGACGUUUUCCAGUCUUUCUUGACGAUCACCAAUGAACUUAAACAAGGGGUACAGCCGGCAUCAACAGAGGAUGCUGGAAACCGUAUCACCAACGAUCUCUUCCAAAAACUUGGUGAAUCAGAAGCACGUCGUAACACAUCAUUCAGUGAUCAACUAAAUUCUUCUGACAUGUUGCUAACAGCGGACACACAGGAAGAGUUUCCCGAAGAAUCCGAUGGGAUUAGUGAUGAGGACGAGAGCGGCGAAAUGAACAACUUUUUCAAACUUUGCAAUAGAAUUGGCAUAGACAUGUACCAAUCCAUAACAUCCCAAAGAGAAUUCGAUCAAACCAAAAGCUUUUCGUUCUCUCCUUUCUCCGCAAUAUCUAUGAUGUCAAUGCUUCAUCUUGGAGCACGUGGAAAAACGGCCGACCAGAUCAAUAAGCUAAUCGGUCUGGAUGAAAUGACCUCGUUCAACCCGCACGUUACCUUCCGAACCAUUUCGCAGUCGAUAGAGGAAGAGAACUCAAACUCCUACUUCGUGCGGAUGCUGUUCAGCGAUGAAAACCUUGGAAAGCUGCAAAACUUUUUCAAAACUAAAGUAACACAGUUGUACUCUGGAUAUGCGGAAGAAAUAUCGUUUGAUGACAAAAACAUGAUUACCAACCGAGUGAACUUGUUGGUCAACAACUCGACCCAAGGAGCACAGCCUCAGUUCCUGGAGGAUUUCCAAAUACGAGCCGCGCCACCGUUAUGUUUGAUCUCGGCCAACUCCUUCGAGCUUGGAUGCCCGAUGAACGACGAGAGUCCAGACAUUUUCUUCCACGUGAUCGACGCAAAGGGAAAACGAAGGCUCGUUGACCUUACCGCUCAUGUCUACACUGGAAGCUUCCUAUUCGGCUAUAACGCCGAAAUGGACGUUACUGUGGCGUCGAUAUUCGCAGAGGCUCGCGAAAUAUCAACCGUUUUCCUGAUGCCUGGCCAACAGAGUGGAUCCAUCGAGAGGAAUAGUCUGCUUGAUUUGGAAAACCGAGUGUUUACUAAAACUUUCCCUGCAAAACUGAAACUACUGGAAGCUAAACUGAGGCCUCAGAUCAGCAGUGUUCUGCACAUACCGCACCUUAAUCAGCAGUCGUUUGUAAACGUUUCGAGACAGCUCCAGCAAUUAGGGCUAGGUGAACUUUUCCGUAGCGAUUCGUCAAACCUGAGAGGAAUCCAAGAGACGACAGCUGCACCAAUUCACAUGUCGGAAUUUUUGCAGAUCAAUCGAGUUAGUUUGUGCGACACCUCAGUCAAACAAAAGUCAAGUGAAAUUACUUCAUCGUUUUUGAAUGUGAAGAGCAAUUUGAAGAAAUACUAUCAAAAUACUCAGAGAGAACAUGCGGAGAAUGUUAUUAAACUAGAUAAACCUUUUCUCUAUAUUAUUAGGCACAACCCAUCUCAGCUCAUUCUAUAUGUAGGUCGGUUUAAUCCAGUGGAAUAAUUUAUUUGUGAGUUAUUUAUUGCAUUAGAUAGAAUAAAUUAUUUAUGACCCUCAUACUGCAUUAAUAAUUUCUCCGAAAAACAUUCAGAAUUUGUAAAUACGAUCAAAUGUAAGGACUGACCUUCUCUUAUCACAAUUCGUUGCGUUUAACCUUUCCUAAGCGGUUUCCUG